UGAGAGCCCUGAAACUGAGUCUUCUUUAGCUGUAUUUAAGCGCUAAAUUGAGUAAAUCCUGGCGUAUUCAUCAGCUGUCAUCAUCAUCUUUUAAAACUCUCAAUCAUUGUCUUUUAUCUUUUCAGUUUCUCUCUGUUCGUGAAUCCUUUGAGAAACUCAGAUUACUCUGCCGAAAUUCUAACUGCAUUUUGAUUUGAUAAAAACGAAGCCGUCUUGUUGUACUGUUGUUAUUAGUGUUAUCACUUUCGUGUUUUUUUAACCGUGUUUGAUCUUAUUUUGCUUGGCUUGAUUUAAAAUUGAAUAUGGCGGUAGAAGCAAUUUCGAGUUCUAAAACGACGUCAUUGAUGUUGACUUCCGGUGCCAGCGGGCGCAUAAACGCGCUGUUUUCUCGUCGCGCGUUGAGGUUUCUUAUCGCGAUGAUUAAUGCAGUUAUCGUGAUGUUUUUGGUGCCGUUUCGGUGCUGGAAACGGAGCGUUGUGAUUAAUUUAUCGUCGGAGAAGAAUAACAAGGAGUUGCUGGAGAAGAAUAUUCAGGAGAGUGGUUGCAGCAGAAAGAGCAGCGGCGCCACCGUGCGUGUACCGGCGAGGAUUUUCCAGUGGAGAAACGGUGGCGGCGGUGUUUUAGAGCAGGAGGUUAUGGCGAGGAGAUCGUUGGCGAUUAGAAGAGUUUUACAGGAUGAUCGUGACCAGAAAAUUAAGAGAGAUUUUUCGCUGUUUGCGACUUCAAGAGGUGAUGCGUUGUUCACGCAGUCUUGGACUCCGAUUUCGGUUAAUGUCAGAGGACUAGUUGUUCUUUUGCACGGCCUCAAUGAACACAGUGGCAGAUACAGUGAUUUCGCCAAGAAGUUGAAUGCUAAUGGAUUCAAGGUUUAUGGGAUGGAUUGGAUUGGUCACGGUGGAAGUGAUGGACUGCAUGCAUUCGUCCAUUCGCUUAAUGAUGCUGUCAAUGAUUUGAAAUCAUUUCUCGAGAAGGUUUUAGCUGAUAAUCCUGGUCUUCCAUGUUUUUGCUUUGGCCACUCGACUGGUGCAGCCAUUGUGCUUAAGGCAGUUCUUGAUCCAAAAAUUGAGGCCCGUGUAGCAGGUGUAGUAGUCACUUCACCUGCAGUCGGAGUUCAGCCGUCGCAUCCAAUUUUUGUGGUGCUUGCUCCAAUUGUCUCAUUUUUGUUGCCAAGAUACCAAAUCAGUGCCGCAAAUAAGAAGGGGAUGCCAGUGUCUCGGGACCCUGAGGCUCUUGUGGCCAAGUAUUCUGACCCACUAGUGUACACUGGAUCCAUCAGGGUAAGGACUGGCUACGAGAUUCUUCGUAUUGCGACCUACUUGCAGCAGAAUCUCAAUCGAUUGAGAGUACCUUUUUUUCUGCUCCAUGGCACCGCGGACACUGUAACGGACCCGGUUGCUUCUCAAAAACUGUAUUUGGAGGCAUCCUCAACCGACAAAACCAUCAAACUUUAUGAAGGUUUCUUACACGAUCUCCUCUUUGAACCCGAACGGGACGAUAUUAUGAAGGAAAUAAUAGAGUGGUUAAAUGUUAGACUACAGGGUUUGAUAGUGCAAUGAAAAAAUUAAAUAUUUGAACACUUGGGUCAAGUUCAAAUAGAAGAAGGUAUAAAAAAGAAGCCAAAAGCAUUUGAAAUUUGAUGAGAGCGAUAAUAAUGAAGAAUGCUUGUUAAAAUAAGAGAAAUCACAGAUGCUGGAACACUAUUUUUUUUCUUUCUUUGUUUCAUUAUUUAGGAAAGAUGGGGGAUUAAUUCCGAUUCCUUCUCCAGGCGUCGAGAAUUUGAAUUUGAUUGCUGGUGUUGAGAAUUUCCCAUUGUUAUAUAUAAACACAUAUUAUAGUUGUUAUCUUUUUAGACCCGGAUGAGGUAUUCUCGGGCCAGGAAUUACUGUGAAUUGUUUAAAUAAAUAUUAAAAAAAACUUUCAAUCAA